GGAACUUCAUUUUUAUAGGUUUAUUAGAUAUAAUCAUGAUUAAAUGUUUUCUAACAUUAUUUCUUGUCUCACUGGUUUCCUGCAAUGAGUUUGUUCCGUAUUUAACUUGGACCAACAUGGAGGAAUUAUCUUGCAAGAGACCAAUACAGUUCCAUGGCGCCAUGAAUAUUCAACAUAUUACAAAGGAGCACUAUAAAAAAUGCUUGGCUCCUGGGAAACCAAAUAAACUUCUCAUAUUUUUAGCUGACCAGUUAACUGUGGAAGAUUUUACUUACUUUGGAAGAAAUGAAAAGAGUUUUGAAAAAACAAAAAACUUUAUCAAAUCUGAUUCUUCAUCUCUUACUGCUUCUGUAAAACCAAUCCAAGACUUGAAAUCCAUCCAAUCCUAUCUUCCUAGUGCUGAUGUUGAAGUUGUAAAUUUGAAAAUUGACCGUUCGACAUUUGAUUCACUAACAACCAGUAUUCAGCAAAUGGAUGAUAUAGUGUGGGAGAAACUAAACAACAUUGGUGGAAAAUAUGUUGCAGUCUUAACCACUGAUGCGACACACUCUGUAUUGGGAUCUCCUUCCGAGCGACAUGUUCGGAUACGUCGUCAAUCUGAGGCAGACAACAAGACUUCGGAUGUUUUAAUCAAAGGUCCAUGUGUCUUCAUGAAGUAUUCAGACAUCAUGUUAACGAUUAAUGUAAAAAGACACGUGAUGGUACCUGAUUCAAAUUCUACACAAGUUGGUAAUUGUACAGAUGGGAACAACACAUUAAUUUUAUCCUUAAAAAGCAAAGAUGAUGCCUCAAUAAAGGCCAAAGUUCGCAUGGAUUUUGUAAUGAAAAGAUUUAAAACCUCUGCAAUGGAUUGGUGGUUCCUCUCAAAUGUAACGGUCGAUUACAAUCAAUUUAAUCAGAAAAACACGGUCGUUAGUUUAAAGAGCCGUACAUUCAGAGAUAUUAUAUCUGCUCCCAAAAAUUGGUCAUUAGUGUGUGGUGCGCCACCAAAUAUGACAAAAAUAUUUGCGAAAGUUAAGGAUGGAAUGAAUCUUUAUCUUGAAUUUACAGGACUUCAGGUACAACCAUUUGGUGUGGUGAAUAAUACAUUUGGUCGAGCAUUAGAUUGUGAAGGUUGGUUCACUAUUGGUAUAUGGACGGGCUUGAUUGUCACUUUAUUAUUGGUAACAAUUCUUACUCUUGGACUCUGCAUGAUUGCACAAAUCACUACAAUGGACAGAUUUGAUGAUCCGAAGGGAAAACAACUUUCCAUACCUCAACAAGACUAAUCAUGCUAUUGUGCACAAGAUGUUUGGAAAUGGUCGUUGACUGGUACUAAAAUACUUGCGUUUAUUUAGAAAUAAAUAACAAACGCCACAAAAUAGAAACGCCGUUAGAAACUAUUAACAAGCUAUGAAGUUUUGGUUUAACAUAAAAAAUGAUGUUGUGACUGACUUUUGGAUUUAUUUUUUAGAAACAAUUGUUGCUUAUUCUGUAUAAAGAUUAGUGUUGUACUCGAUGUAUUGAUUAAUGAGCAACUAUGUUUGUUUGAAUUAUUAGUUAAUAUUUGUUCACCUGUGCGCUAUAAUGGCUUGUACUGUGCAAUAAACUUCACUUGUGUAAGA